AUGGAGAAGAAACCAAACAAGGAAGAAGAAAUCUGGGAUAAAAUUAAAGACUCUGCAUCAAAUGCAAAGAUAGAUGAAAGUGAGAAAGCUUUGGGUACAGAAAUGAAGAAAAUGACCGUCACAGAAACAAGAACUGAAAACAGUGAGUCAGGUAGCGGUGAAGAUGGUGACGAAAUAUUUGUGCACCCCGUGCGGAUUCUCACUGAGGCCGAGAUCGCUAAGCUUCAGAAAGAUGUGACUUGUGUGUCGGACUUCAAGCAGAACAAGCUAGAGAAAGAAGCACAGAAGAACUGGGACCUGUUCUACAAGAGGAACACUACCAAGUUCUUCAAGGACCGGCACUGGACCAAGCGAGAGUUCGAUGAACUCUGUCCAGUUGAGGCUGAGACAGGCAGACGGACAGUGUUGGAGGUAGGCUGUGGGGUGGGCAACUUUAUCUGGCCCCUCCUUCAGGAGGAUCAGUCCAUGUUCUUCUACGCCUGUGAUUUUUCACCUCGAGCCGUGCAGUUUGUAAAGGAUAAUCCAAACUAUGACCCGUCCCGAUGCUCCGCCUUCCAGUGUGACAUCACAAACGACGACCUGAGUGGCAACGUUCCCCAGGAUUCGGUAGAUGUGGUGUCCAUGAUUUUCGUUCUCUCUGCCAUUCACCCAGACAAAAUGGAGGCCGCUCUAUCCAACAUCAUCAAGGUGAUGAGGCCGGGGGGAUGCCUGCUGUUCCGCGACUAUGGUCUCUAUGACUAUGCCAUGCUGAGGUUCGCUCCGGGUCACAAACUGUCCGAGAAUUUCUACGUCAGACAAGAUGGAACCAGAGCCUAUUAUUUUACUACAGAGAAAGUGUUGGAGCUUGCAGAGAGAUGUGGAUUUGAUCGGUCACAGAGUCAGUGUGAAUACAUACAGAGAGAAACCGUCAACAAAAAGGAGGAUCUAUGUGUGCCAAGGAUAUUCGUUCAGGGGAAAUUCCUUAAACCCAAGUCAAGCUAGCAGAAAUUCUCCAC